CAGCAGCACCACCGGGCAGCCCUCCCCUUCCACCCCUCCUUGCUCCCCGUGGUCCCCCCCGAGCCGUGCCCCUGGUGAGGAUGGGGGCUCCGGGAGUCCCCGGCUCAGCCCCGCGCCCCGUGUCCCGCAGAUGCCCAGCACGUGCUGCCCGCAGAGCCCCUGAGCGCGGCCGGACGCCGCGAUGGAGAGCCGCAAGCAGGACAUGGAGCUGCUGAGCAACAGCAUGGCCGCGUACGCACACAUCCGAGCCAACCCCGAGAGCUUCGGGCUCUACUUCGUGCUGGGCGUCUGCUUCGGGCUGGUGCUGACCCUGUGCCUGCUGGUGCUGCGCAUCUCCUGCCGGCCCCGCACCCACCGCCCGCCCCGGCCCCGGUCUGGCCCGCCGGACCUCAGCGAGGACGACGACGAUGAGGAUGAUGAGGACGAGGAGGAGGAGGACACCAUCGACCGCGCCGCCUCCGAGUCGCUGCUGCCGGUGACCGAGAUCCCGCUGGAGAGCCACGGCCCCGGGGACGGCGCGCUGCCCAUCAACGUCUUCGCCUCGGCUGAGGAGCUGGAGCGGGCGCAGCGGCUGGAGGAGCGCGAGCGCAUCAUCCGUGAGAUCUGGCGCAACGGGCAGCCCGACAUCCUGGGCACCGGCACCCUGGGCCGCGUGCACUACUACUGACCGUGGCGUGGUGCGGCCGGGGGGCAUGGGGAGACCCUCACCCCCUCCCCAGUAACUCGGCCGAUGCCGUGCCCUGAGACCCCACGGCACCACUGGGGGCUGAGAGCGGCGUAGGACAUGAUUUGGUGCCAGGACUGGGGAGCAAAGGGGGGGCCUCUGGCUGCCCAUGGGGUGGAGAACCCCCCCCCGGAGCACCCCGGAACCAGCACCCAGUGCCACCAGCACCCCCAGCACCAGCCCCUCGCCCACCACGGGCAGUCGCUGCGGACACGAUGCACUUUGAGCCAUUGGUACGACUGCCGGCACAGGCCGAGCAGCCUCAGGACCCUGCGGGGAUGGGGACAAGGACAAGGACAAGGACAAGGACAAGGACAAGGACGAGGACGAGGACAAGGACGAGGUGCCACCCACUGGCCCCGCCAUCUCUGC